AUAACGGGCCGUCCUCGGUCAUUCCAUCCGUUCUUCUCAAGAAGAAGAAAAAAAGCAGUCUUCCUCCGCCGGCGGCGAGGCGGCGACCGGAAACAGAAUACUUCACCGAGCUCCGUGGCGGCGGCUCUCCUUGGUGGAGCCUCCCUCCCUCGCCCCCCCUGGGCCAUUGCCUCUCCCUCUCCGCCCCCGUUCUCGCGCUGCAGGGCGCUGAGGGCACCCGAGGGAGGCGGAGGCGGGUGGCGCAGAGAGAUAAGAGGUGAGCUCCCCUGGCCGGCGGUUUCGGAUGCCCCGUAUGGAAAGAGCGUCGGCGGGUUCGGGGAAGCCGGAGGGCCGUUGAUGCUCCUGUCAUGCCAGCUCCGGGUACUGCAACCGCAAGAUCUACUGCUUCAACGGCGUGGUGUUCGAUCUUGGUUGGAACUUGGAAACAUGCGAGGAGUUCACUUCUCUCGCGCGCUCCAGUCGGCGUGUCUCUGCCUCUCUGCUAAGCUCAAAUGUCACCUUGGAAAUACAUGUAGCUGUUCCCGGUACCAUGCUCAUUCUUGUGUGUGCGCUAAUUCAAAGUUGGGUGAUAUCACUCAAUGCCAUCAAUCUCAUGGUGUCACGGAUUGUUACUGCUUAUCUUGACACUGUACAGUGAUAGCUGAUUAUGCCACAUAUUCAGGAUUGCAGACAUGGUUUAUAUUCCUCUGUUUGUGAACUUGGUAUGGAAAUCUCGGAUGCUCCUUUAGAGCACUGAGAUUAUUAGUUUUCAUGCAGUUCCCUGAAUAUUCGACGGCUAUCUUUAAGAUUACUAGAGUUCGCAUUGAUGUAUGAGUAGAGUUGGAAUUGCUGCUUCCGGAAAUCCACAUAUCAUCAUGGGGAAACCCUUCUCUGUCAUUUGCCAGAGCAGAGCUGGUUUCCGGCAUUCAAUUUUUGACGCCUUCCUUUUCUUAGAAAGGUUUUACUGCGGUUCUAGUUUAGUCGUCGUUACUAGAAGACUAUCUGCAUCAUUGAUUAAAUUUAACAGAGGCUACUCAAUUUUUUCUCUUAAUGUAUCCAUCACCUAUAACAGGUAGUUAACAACUUAACAAUUAUUUUCUUUACAGUUUUGGAUACUCACACUCACAAUGCUAUUAGGGCUUUAUUUUGGAGCUGGAUAUGUUAGUGCCGGGCUACCAAACCUACUGGUUACUGUGUUGAGAUGCUCAUUUCUGAAUAUGCAACAGCGAGGGUGUACAGAUGGAAUAUGUUGCGGUAUUCAUAGCGGGACUUUUUCCUUGGGCAUUAGUUGCUCUGAAUGAUGACCAGCUGCAGAAUCUACCCUUUUUUCAAUGCUUCGGAACUAUUGUGGAGGGAUUUGGCCUAAUGUUAUGGUAAGUAAUGGUUUAAUUACAAAAUGUUUUCUUAAAACAUUUAUUAUCAAUAUCCGUGGUAUGCCUUUCUCACCUGUAGAGAUCUGUUGUUUUCAAAUAUAAUUUGUAUUCUGGCAGUGAUGAGGUCAUCAAACAAGAAAUAAGAAUACUUACUUUAUGAUACUGGCAUAAGAUACAGUUGGAUGCUUCACUUUAAACUUGGCCCAAGAUAUCUUGGACAUUUAGUGCCUUACACUAAGCAAUCAUGUGCCAGUCUCAUCAUAUAGAUUUAAUUACACUAAGCAAUCAUGUGCCACAUAUAUAUUCAGGAUUGUGGCCAUAGUUUAUAUUCCUCUGUUUUUUACCUUGGUAAGUACAUGGAGUACCAAGAUUUUUUUUCAUGAAUAUUCGGCAGCUACUUUUAAGAUUAAUAGAGUUCGCAUUGAUGUGUGCGUAGAGUUGAACUUGGUGCUUCCGGUAGUCCACAUGAUUCAGCAAAGCAUAGGGAAACACUUUGUUUAUCUGUCACUCACCAAAAGAGAGCUUGUUUCAGGCUUUCCAAUUUGCCGCUUUCUAUUUCUCAGAAAGGUUUUGUUGCGGCUCUAGUUUAGCCGCCACAUCCUCCUCCUCGCCAAGAAGACUGGGUGGAGACGCCGUAACUUGCCUGACCUCCUAGUCUGUGAGUCCAUCGCACGGCGUUACCAGCUAAUCCCACGAAUGGAGGAAAACCACCGAUUCAUUGGUGUAUUCCUCCAUAGUUUCAGGGAGAAACUAGAUACCUCGUGGUGGGACCGCACCAUCGAUGCCCAGGUGAACUGACUAUCUUUGGGAAAUUUGCCUGUAAUGGCUCCACUGCCUCUUCUCAGCCUGGUAAAGCUCACAAGUAUGAAGCUGAGGAUAAAUAUUGCCCAAUUGCAAAGGACAGUUAAACUGAAAAAAAUGUGGAAAUAGAUGGCGGGGUACUGAAGAUGUGGAAAAUAAUUGUACAUGUUCACUCUUUUCGAAGAAAAACCUGUACAUGUUCACAGGUAAGAAUAUUCCUGAUACAUAGUCGCAUGGCUUUGUUUGUUUGAAGUCUUGUUCAAACUGCGCAGAGUUACGCGUAUACCCAAAAUACAAUUAAUAUUUGGGUAAGGAACCCGUUGACGAGCAAAAUAUGCUAAUCCAACUAACAACCACUUGGAGGGAUUUAAACCUACUUUCUUUUGGGACUAAAAACAUCUACUUGGAGGGAUUCAGACCUACUUGGAGGGCACGACACGCCAAAGCCAGCAUUGUGACAGAGGUAUUACUUGAUACACUAAUCAAGGCCAUAUAUAUAACUACUCACAUCCAACAAGGAGCCAAAGCUCUUGAUCGACCAGGUCCCUUCUGAUGGCCAACAGAGUAAACCGCAUAGCGCUGGCACGCAGAGAGUCACCGGCUGGGCCGACGACGCUGCACGACAUCCCCGACAAGCUCCUCAAGCUCAUCCUCUUGUACCUCACCUCGCCCCACUGGCUCGUCCGAGCAGCGGCCACCUGCAAGCGAUGGCGCCGCAUCAUCGUUGAUGCAAACUUCCUCUCUGAAAUUGGUUCCAUCCCCCAUUCCUCAUCUCUUGUUGCAGGCCAUUAUCAUAACCACACAGCCCCUGUUGACGGCCGCUGCCUCAGCUUUGUUCCUUCCUCGCCAGCACUAGAUGUCAGUAGCCGGCACUUCUCCCUGGACUUCCUCCCUCCAGGCGGCAGCAGGUCAUGGGAGAUCGUUGAUAGCCGCCACACCCUACUCCUCCUCGCCAAGAAGAAGACUGGGUGGAGACGUCAUACCUUGCCUGACCUCGUAGUCUGCGAGCCCCUCACACGGCGUUACCAACUAAUCCCACGCAUGGAGGAAAAGAAAUACCACCGAUGCAUUGGUGUAUUCCUCGAUGGUUUCAAUGACAGAGGAGAUACCUCGAGGUGGGGCCGCGCCAUCGAUGCAAUGUCGAGUUUCAGAGUGAUUUGCCUGCUCUUCAAUGAGCACAUCGGGGUAUGUGAUAACAUUGGCACAGCAAACGCCUAUGUGUUCCAUUGGUUCAUCGUCAAGUACCCAGAGAGGGCCAGUCCUGAAUUCCGCUUCCAUGCCACGGAAUCCCUGCAUUUCCUUGGUUGUGCCCAAAUUUCUAUAUUUUGGACCAUGCAAGAUGACCCUUCCUCUUUGCUAACUUAUAAUUUCCAGUGGAAAGACGAGUUUGAGAUCCUCGCAUUGCCGGACCACAUCCGAGGAUCGGCUUUGUGGGUUCUCGAUAUCGACAACGACGACAGGUUGCAUCUUGUUUGCUUGCAGGGCGACAACCUUCGCAUCUUUGCGGCAAGGCGGUAUGAUAGCCCCGAUUGGGAGCUUCAGAAGGGCAUCCAAUUAAAGGAGGCUACCCGUGGACUGAAAGGGCACAGGGAUGAGUACUUUCGUCAGUCUACGAAGAUUGUCUCAACCAGCACGAGCUCUAUUGUGUUCUUUCCGGCAGAGGAGAAAUGGCUAUUCUCCACUGACUUUGAGACCAUGGAGGUGGCGAAAUACAAAUACAUGACACUUUUUUUUUGAAACUGUGGCUUAUCUCCGUGUGAGCUUCCAUGGCUACCUGCCAUUCGUGCUUGUAUUGUGCCUUGUACUUGUACAAGACGGGGCAGUGGCCGAUGUUCUGAUAUUUGUAUAUGUCGAAGUCUCUAAUUACAUUUUCUAGCGUUGUCCGUAAAUCUUCAGAUUUUAAAAAUGCAUUGUUGGGAGCCAUACAAUCAUUGUUCGAGGGCUCAAUGUACAACCUUUUAUCUUCCUCUGAACUCCAGCAUUGAGCCCAAAUGGUCAAGACAUUCCUCUUGGCUUUAUCAACCAUCAGCUAUCAUCUAUGUUGGGUAGUUCCAUUGCUUCCUAUUAGCCCGGAAAUUGAAGGUUAUAUCUUAU